AGGCAUGCCAAAACUCCAUCCCACCAAAACAGGCAGAGAUUUCAAGCGGUAUUUUCAAACAGCUCUUACACUUAAAGGGCAUUAUCACACUCUAAAAAUGCUGAGUUGUUUGGAUGACCCAUUUGCUGGGUUGAAGGCAUUUGGCCACUUAGUUGAGUUGUUUUCUUUAAUAAGAGCAACGUUGGGUUGUUGAUGCUGUGUUAUUGAGGUUGGGUUAUUGAGAUAUGACCCAGUGAGCCAAAUCCACUGAGUGGAAUUACUUUUCUAUGGACAAAUGGGCAAGCCGUUGUGGCUGACCGUAAAAAGUAAAAAGCUAAUGUAAGUAAUUAUCCAUUCAGGAUAAAUAGACCUAGCUAUCAUAAUUACAUUCUGUAUUAUCUCAGUCAUUGACAAUUUUAGAACAUUUUAGCUAGCAAGCUAACUAGCUAUCAAACAACCCCAUGCAUGCUAGCCCAAGCUUAAGCUAGCUAGCUACUUAGCUAAUGUUUGCUAACUUAGCUGGCUAGCUAGCUAGCUAACAAGCUAUUUUCCUGUGUUCUGUGUGGUACCAAAUGUAAGGUUUUUGUUUAAGUUUAGCUAGCUAUGUCAGUGCCUGUAGAACGCGUGUCUUCUAUAGGCCUACUGUGUGGCGCAUUGUUCCACGUCAGGUAGCUAGUUAGCUUAAACUAGGUUGCUCACUCUGUUUGGCUAGCUAGACCAGCUAGCUAUAUAUUUUACAUAGCUAGGCCUAUUCCCUGUCGCUGAGUUAAUUUAACAUGGUUGGUAGCUAGUUAGCAAGCUUAUAACUCAUGCUUUUAUGGUGGUUCAAUUAGGCUACUGUAUGGCUUUUAGCCUAAUUCUUUCUAUGAGUUAGCUUGCUGGUCUCAGUCUGGAUGCACACAGUUACUUUAGGUAGCUAUAGCUAGCUAGCUACAUAUUGAAAUAAAAAUGUCUCAAUUGUUCAUCCAAGUUUAGUCUAUCCAUUUUGACUCUCCACUUAAACCUUGGUAUGUCUUUGUCCAACAGAUAGGCUACUAAAGGCCCUGAGAGUGUUUUCCCCACCAUCAGUGUACCUGGUGCAGGUAGCUAGCUACAUAUUUAAAUUAAAGUAGUCUCAAAUGUUCAUCCACGUUUAACCAUUUUGACUGUCCCCUAAAACCUUGUUAUGUCUUUGUUCCCCAGAUACUAAAGAAGACAUGGUCCUAAAAGUGUUUCUCCCAACACCAGUGUAAAAAAUUGGAAAGAAGACACACAAUGUUUCUGGACUCAACUCAAUGCAGAUGAACCUCUUGCACACAGCAAUAUACUGUAUGUGAGUAUAGCAUGUUCUGAACAAUAAGAAAGGCCACAAUUUGUGUGUGUUUGUGUGUGUGUGUGCACGCGUUGGCUUGUGCAAAGUGUCAUGUGUGUCUUAUUGUUCAACCUUUUAUAAUCAUAUUCUCUAAUCCCCAGGUUGAAACCAAUAUGGCAGAAUAUCUCUGCCAGGCGACCAAAAGAACAAGAACAAGAGACCUGAACCCUUCGUUCUGACUCUCGGGGGACAAUCGCCUCUACUCCCUGGCAUUCACCAUCAUGAAUGGGCAGGCUCUGGAUCAGAAGACAUUAUGUUUUGUUGUUGUUGUUUUACAUAAAUUCAUGUUGAUAAUGUAUAAUGUAUAUCUGGUAGGGGUUGGGGUAGUAGAGGGUAAAGUUGUUACUUUUCUUCAGCCCCAUUCCUCAGCUUUAAUUGGUAGGGCUGCUGUGAUUUUCAAAUGAUGCAUUGUGCUUCUAAAAUGUUUGUUUAUUUGUGUGUUCCUUAUUUGUUGUUUAUCUUUUGCAUGACUUCAUUUGGUAGCUGAAAUUAAUAGCUGAAAAUAAACAUUUUGUAUUUUAUCUACAAAUUGUCAUGAUUGGCCAUUUGUCAUUUAAAUAUUUAUUGUUAGAAGUAUUCUUACUUAUAAAAAAGUAGCUGAUUCUGUAAUAGAGAGAAGGUAGAAAAUAACCUAGCAACAAAGUAAGAAAUAAACCACUGCUUGGUAAAAAAUACAUGAAUAACAAUAACCCAGCAAAAGAGUAAAAAGCAAAAUAACAACAUUUUGGGGUAAAUCAAGUAACCCCAACGUAUUGGGUCAUUCACAUAACCCAACGGUGCUUGGUCAAAAUAACCCAGUGCUGGGUAUGUACUAUAGUGACCCAGCGCUGGGUUACACAUUUUUUAGAGUGCAUAAUUUUCACAACUUCACAGUAUUAUUUGAACCUCAUAGUGUGAAAAUAUAUAUAAAACACAGAAUCACGUUCAUGGAAAUGUGUCCUUCUCUGUCCAAAUUCAAGUGCUUUAGCAACCACUCGUAUAUUUUUGCAUCAGUUUGAAAUAAACCUACAAGACGUGCAAGUCUGAGAAUAAUUAAUUAUCAUGUCUCGUGGUGAAAUUAUAUAAAUAAAGAGGUUGGAUUUUCCCUUUCAUUAUGUAGCGUCAUAGCCAACACACAGCAAUAACAACACGCGCCCACUGCUUUGUUUUAGCAGUAGGCCCUAGUUGCUAAACCUGGUAGACUACUUUUGUAGAUGUCCUUGUAUUACCUUAGUAAUUGUAAUAUCAAACGUAUUGAGCACGUACAUAUUCGAGUAGAAAAAUACUACACAUACGCCUUAUGGAUAGGCGUUUUCAUAGGACUUCUGGCAGGAAAAACUAUGCGCAUCUUUUUUAUAUUGUUGUGUUGACUCAAAAUAUGGAAACACAAUAAUGUAGCAACAUGUUAAACCGUCCUGCAUCCAUACCUUUCUUUGACUCGUGGCUCAUACAUUUUAACCUCAAAACAAAAUGGGAAUAGGCAUAGGCUACAAAAAAGAAUAAUUGAAAAAUGUAAUGUUCUUUUUGUUUUGGAUUAUCAAUCUCAGAAAAUGUGAACUGCUGUCCUUGCUGGAAAACAAGAUUAUCAUUAUGCAACGAUUUACAUGCUAGAACGUUAUUGUCAUGGGGAAACAAAGUAUAUUUUUGCAAUGGAUUUUAAAAUGUCUUAGUCAAAGCUUCAGUUAGUAAGACGUGUAAAAACGCACACAGAAAUGUCUGCUUAAUUUGAUUUGUUAAUGACAUGGAAUUGUCUACAUGGAAUUACACUCAAUAUUUGUCAGAGAAAUUGGGAAUAAUUGUAUCUUCAAAAAUCAAAUUACACGUGGCGUACACCCGUGUAUAUUUUUCUCACUCAAAUUGAAGUCACGCCUGCAUGAUAUGAAUUAAAUAUCCUAUUACGCACGAGUUGGAGUUGGAAAGAAAGGACCAUAACUAUAAUAGCUUAAUCCUUCUUAUAAUUCUGAACGUAAAGAGAAAGGCAGGUUUUCCAAACAACCAUUCUGUAUAGGCCCAUGAUAAAUUCUAGAUGCAUCAUAGAAACCAUAUUCAAUUUAAUCUUCUAACUUUUGGUGAUUAUUUUUUGUAACUAGGUCUAAUAUACAUAUUUGCUGAAACGAUCUGCGCACAUCAACACUGGUGGAGCUUUAAAAAAAACACCGAGUAGCCUAUAGGCCUUUAUACAGUAAAAAAUAUAAAAUAAACUAUAUACUGUGUUACUAGACUAUACAUAGUCAAAAAUAUACUCUGGCAUACUCAAAUUGGUUAACCUUUUAAAUAGAUUUUAAUAAAACAAAUGUUCUUAUGCAACUGCUGGUGCCACAACGACUAGCUACAGUGAUUUGAUUGAGGCCUGUACGUUAGUCUAAGGCAAACAGUCUAAAGUUAUUUCUACCUCUUAUGAAAAUCAGUUUGCAAAAUAAACGUAGGCCUACCCGAGAGUGGUGCUGGUAUAUUCUAUGCGUCCAUUGGUUUAUUUCUGAAUCUAUUGACGAAUACCUAGAAAAACGAAAUGGCUUUCCUCGUGGCAUCGAACAAGCUCCAAUAAAUAAUCAUAUUUAUCGAACUAUUUGCUCUGUCUUGUUUUUAUGUUAUCUUGUCUUAACAAUUACUUUUUGAACUAGAUUUCAUUUCGGCUAUACCCAAGUAACUGAUAGUAAAAUAUUUUGUCUACCCCUUUGUUCCGUCCUUCUGUGGCUGUCUUUACCCAAAGCUCUCCGCUAGAUGGCGCCCUUGCACCGUGCAAAAGCCCCUUUGCGCUCCAAUUUGACCGCGCUGACGUCACCCCAGUCUUGCGCUUCAAGGCCUCUUCCACGCCGCUAUUGGUCUGAAAAUCACAUGACAUGGAGCUCCAAGAAUCCAUAAUUAUGUUGCUGAUAUUUUUGGCCCCCAAAAUAUGUCAGCCUCCUACUGUCCUUAUUCUUCUCCAGAAAACCUUUACUACAGGAACACAAACGAACAAAACCAACAAUACAAAUAAUGUCAUGCCAGGAUAACAUGGCUGCCGGUCAUUUCCUUAUGGAUUCUUUGAUGGGAGGAUCAUCUUCCUAUAGAGGCGAAGGCUACUCCAGCAGCAACCCUGGAAUGUACAUCCCCUCGGCUGCAUCUGAGUAUGAAUGCUCAAUGAUGAGACAUUUUGGAGUAGUUGGAUCGUCCAUCUCCAAAAAAGACGAGGUUCCUGUGAGUAGCCACCCUCUCGGCUCCUACCAAGAAGCGCCUUACCUGUCAUCCCAACUGGGCACAUGGACCUGGACUUCCAAAACUAACAGGGAUGAGCAACCUGUUGCCCAGUCCAGUUUACAACCGUGUUCGUUGCCAACCGAUAACGUCAAAGAGGAGGCGUUCUGUUGUCUGUAUCAGGGUGACAGUAGCAGCAGGACUAAUAAGGACACUACAGAAUCGGCUACUUACAUCCGGCUUGGGAACAAUAGUAGCAGCCAGACCGGCCAAACCGCUGUCUCGGCGGCGUCCGAAUGUUAUGGAGGAGAGAGACAGGUAUACCCCGGAGGGAUCAGGGGACAGCGGGAAAAGCAGGUCGGGACAGGCUUUGCUUCUUUAGACCAGGUGACGAGAUCUGUAGAAUCACCCAGAGAAUCAACGGUUAAAAUGAGCAAAUCUACCCAGGAGACAGUCAGCGAGGAAAUGGGCAUCGAAGAGGCAGAACAGCGAAUGAGCAAGAAAGAGGAAAGUGCAAAGACUGACAGUUGUUCUGAUAUCUCCGACAGCGAAUUGAAAGAUGAUUUUACAUUGGAAAAUGCUCCAGGAAACUGGUUAAAAGCCAAAAGUGGACGGAAGAAGAGAUGCCCAUACACAAAGCAUCAGACGCUCGAGCUGGAAAAGGAAUUCUUGUAUAACAUGUACCUGUCUCGCGAGCGCCGCCUGGAGAUCAGUAAGAGUAUCGAUCUGACCGAUAGACAGGUCAAGAUCUGGUUCCAGAACCGAAGGAUGAAGCUCAAGAAACUCAAUAGGGAAUGUCGUGGUCGGGAUCAUACGGCAGUCCACAACUUCACCUGAAAUUAUAUUAUAUAUAAAACCAUUCCAUAUACACCCAAACACACACACACACAUACACACACACACACACACACACACACACACACGCACACACACACACACACACACAAAGUGUGCCUUCAUACAAGAGCAAUAUUUCAGCGAUGCCCAAGAGUACUUUAUGAAGGAGGGACUUGAUUUUUCGGUCAGCACUUGAGUUUGACUUUCAACACAUGAACAUUCAAUAGAGGUGCCGUUGCCCUGCCAUAUAAAGCAACAUAGAACUGCUGUAAUGAAAACAGACUUUGUUUGUUUUGGAAUGUUCCCUCAUUCCUUUGAUUCAUCUUGUUGUCUUUAGUUUAGUUGCUUUUGCUAUGUAGGCUAUGAUAGGCUAUUCGCACUGUUUGCAUGCACAUUGUUGCUUGCGUCAUAUUAGACCAGUUGACGAUUCCUAAAGGAAAACUGGUCCAAUAGAAUAAAGGAGGGGAUUUGAAAAGAAAGAUAUAACAUAUAGUUUGUCCUACCCGUUAUUAUUAUUUUAGCACUCUGAGAAAGAAAAAGACCGAGGGAAGGAGAGAGAGGCUGCAGAUGAGAGUGGGAAGAUCACGGUGGUUUAAUAGAAGAGAUUGGUUUAAAUACUAUCCAGGUGACCACAGUAAGUCAAGGUCAUAAAAUUAUUAUGUCAGGUUCGUCUCGUGGUAGAAGCACGAGCUCGGGGUGGAUUUUAUGAUCUGCAAAUAUAAUGUGCUAGCUGGCUGCUGCAGUAAAGAUGCAUCGUUUAAACGUGUGUGGAGGAGAAGGCUAGGCUAGUCUACACAGUGGAGAGUGUCUGCUAAGUACUGGAUUCACCAACGCGGUCGAAGGGCUCCCACUGCUAUGUAGCCUGCCGCAUUCUUAUUUGAGGAUACUGGACCGUUGUCUCGUCAGGAAACGAAAGGGAUGGAUGACAAUAACAAUAACAACAACAUCAAGGACAGCAUGAAUAAAUAAGGACCACCACGACAGAGUGUCUGCGCGGAAAUUCAAGGUAGGACACAAAUAGGUGAAGAAACGCAUGCUUAUUGCAAUGCUGCCUGAAGAAUCGGAGCGGGUUCCUCCGGCUCCAUUAAGUUCCUUUCCGACUGUUUGCAACUCCAGCCCGCGACUAUUGGAGGACAGCCCCACGUGACUUCACGGUUUACCACUCUGGUAAUAUUAUUCAAUACAGUCUUAAAGCUUAUUCAAAGUCUUCUGCAUAAAGCUUUUACAUUUACCUUCGUUGUAAAGCUAUAUAUUUAACAUGCAAAAGUGCAUACCUUCCCAACUUUCAGGGCAUACCCAUAGUUCUAUUUAUCAGAGUGAAUUUGAUGAAGUGCACCCUGCUAGGUCUAUGGACCAGCACCAGUCCCUUCUCCCAUGUCAUCUACAGGACAACACUGCAACCGAACCUGCUGAAUACGACACCGGACACGUUGA